CAGGGAGGGGCCUACCGCUAAGAGUCGCAUAGUUUGUUGCCUCCGGUCUAAAGGUGAAUGGCUACUACUUCUUUUAUCGAAUACAAGAAGACUGUCAAGAAGUCAUUCUGUGCAGUCGGAUUCAUUGUUUUGUCUCUGAGUUGAAGGGAAAAAAACUGUCCAGAUUUUGGAAAAAUGAAACAACAACAGUGCCGAUCAUUUGUAUUUGUUUUGGUGUAGGUGCUUCGACUUGCUCUUGACUGGGUGUGCAUGUGUGUGUGUCUGAUAAAGAAGCUCAGUUGACAUUCUUGACUGCCUCAAACAGAUAGUUGCGCCGAAAGAAUGGGGAAUUGUUUCAGUUCGGACCGACGUUCGGAGCCGAGGGUAGAAGAACCACCUAUCAGUGGUGUGCCGUUUUUGCCUACACAACCACCUAUCAAUCCCAUCGGCACACCCAACAUAAAUCACAUUGAAAAUACACAAUUUCCACAAAGCCGCAUUCUCCCGAUUGGACCUUCACUUCCUGCACCUCCAGACCUCCAGGAUUCUUUGAACUCAACAGCAAAAGUUUUUGUCGCAUUAUAUGACUAUGAUGCCAGAACUGAUGAGGACCUCAGUUUCAAGAAAGGAGAACAUCUUGAAAUCAUCAAUGACACCCAGGGUGACUGGUGGCUGGCUCGUAGCAAAGCUACCAAACAAGAGGGCUACAUCCCAUCCAAUUAUGUUGCUAAACUCAAAUCCAUUGAAGCAGAGCCGUGGUAUUUCGGCAAGAUAAAGCGCAUCGAAGCAGAGAAAAAGUUGCUACUUCCAGACAACGAGCAUGGUGCCUUCCUCGUUCGUGAUUCCGAAAGUCGUAGAAAUGACUACUCUUUAUCUGUUCGUGAUGGGGACACGGUCAAACAUUACCGAAUUAGACAGUUGGACGAAGGAGGUUUUUUCAUUUCUCGCCGAACGACGUUUCGAACAUUACAAGAGCUGGUGGAGCACUAUAGUGCCGAUGCAGAUGGAUUGUGCGUCAAUUUGCGUAAACCAUGCAUCCAGAUUGAGAAACCAGUGACAGCGGGAAUGUCGUACAAUACUCGUGACCAGUGGGAGAUCGACCGGACAUCGCUCAAAUUCGUGCGUAAAUUAGGUCAUGGACAAUUCGGCGAAGUCUGGGAGGGACUUUGGAACAACACCACGCCCGUUGCCAUAAAAACGCUCAAACCAGGUACGAUGGACCCCAAGGACUUCUUGGCCGAAGCCCAGAUCAUGAAAAAACUGCGGCACUCAAAAUUGAUCCAACUUUAUGCCGUUUGCACGGCAGAGGAGCCAAUUUACAUUAUCACCGAGUUGAUGAAAAACGGCAGUUUGCUAGAAUUCCUUCAGGGUAAAGGACGCAACCUGAAGCUACCCCAGCUGAUCGACAUGGCCGCCCAAAUUGCAUCUGGCAUGGCCUAUCUUGAAUCCCAGAACUAUAUCCAUCGCGACUUGGCUGCUCGCAACGUUUUAGUUGGAGAAAAUAAUAUCGUGAAAAUUGCAGACUUUGGUCUAGCGCGCAUCAUUAAAGAAGAUGAAUAUGAAGCUCGCGUGGGAGCUCGGUUCCCCAUCAAGUGGACGGCCCCCGAGGCCGCAAACUACAGCAAAUUCUCUAUCAAGUCAGACGUCUGGUCUUUUGGCAUCCUCCUAACUGAACUCAUCACUUACGGACGCAUUCCUUAUCCUGGUAUGACCAAUGCGGAGGUAUUACACCAGGUUGAGCACGGGUACCGGAUGCCCGCUCCUCCUAGCUGCCCCCCUGCUCUCUAUGAAAUUAUGCUUGAAACCUGGCACAAAGAUCCCAUGAAACGGCCGACCUUCGAAACGCUUCAAUGGAAACUAGAGGACUUCUUCACUAUCGAAGGAUCUGAAUACAAAGAAGCCGCCGUUGCCUACUAGACAAUCUACGGAUUCACUUCAGCCGAUAUAUUGGUGAGCUAUUGACCCACUCAUGUCAUAUACACAAACACUCCUACACAAUCAUGUAACCGCACAUAAGUUCGCUAUUUGUCGUAAUUGACUUGGACUGCCUCGUAAGAACAAGGUUUAACGAAGACGAAUCGGUGCUCAGGCGUGUCUAUUAUUAUUGAUGGCAUUACUUAAAAUAAGAACUAUCCCCUUAUCGCAAAUAAUAUUUGAUAUUGUGUAAACCGCAACACACAAUCACAUUUUAUUUUUAUCUGAUUGGGAUUUUAAGAAACGAAAAGUGUGCAUACAAAGUAAUCAGUAUUGGCUGGGAGAUUAUUUGAUUAUUUUUUCGCUUUCUUUUCAAUAUUUGCUCGUCAAUUUAUUUUGCUUAGUUUGGUUUUUUAGCCGAACGUUAUGUACAUUUCCAUCCCGGGCAUUUGGAAGCUGUUAAUGCGUAUGUGGAUGUUUGCGCUUCCACCCGAUUUUUGCCGUCAGUCUUGUUUGUUUUUUUUUCCUUAUUUUUUAUUAUUAAAUCGUCUUUGUCCCUUUAUUAUGAUUUCCUUGUUCCCAUCAACGUCUCGUCUUCAUUUGAACUUUACAGUCGUCAAGGUAUUGUGUUUUCAUCACUAUGCCCUCUUGAAUCCUUGUUUUCCAGGAACAAAUGGACAAUAAAGCACUUGUUUUUCUUUUA